AAAUGCAAGACCUAUUUUGGUAAUUACGAAAAACCUUUCCCCUUUGUCUCUUAACACCAUUCAACUUCUCCACCUACACACCCCAAACACUGACACACACACUCGAAACUUUCAGACUCACACUCUCUCUCUCUUCAUCUCUUUCUUUCUCUCUCUGAGAAAUGGGGUCACGAAUCCCUUCUCACCAGCUCAGCAGUGGGCUGUACGUCUCGGGUCGACCCGAACAGCUCAAGGAACGGUUACCAACAAUGGGUUCACGGGCCGUACCUUAUACCGGCGGCGACAUUAAGAAAUCCGGUGAACUCGGCAAAAUGUUCGAUAUCCCAGUCCUUGAUCCUUCAUCCAAUGGUCCUCCUUCGACCAAGACAUCACGACCUUCCUCGUCUUCUCAGCACAACAGUGGAUCCGUCCGAUCCGGGCCGAACUCCGGUCCAGUAAGUAAGCACACUAGCUCCGGUCCGAUUCCGAAGAAAUUCUCUGGUCCCAUGGUGCCGCUCCAACCCACGGGCCUUAUUACGUCGGGUCCGGUGGUCUCUGGUCCACAGGGAUCGUUGGGUGGCGGUGGGAGGAGGUCGGGUCACAUGGAGCAUGCUGCGUCCACUGGAAAAGCAGUGUACGGGACGGCCGUGACGAGCUUGAGUGAAGGGGUGAAGGUAGGGUUUAGGGUUUCAAAGGCGGUGGUGUGGGUUUUCCUGGUGGUAGUGGCGAUGGGUUUGCUUGUAGGGGCUUUUUUGAUGGUAGCAGUUAAGAAGGCGGUUAUUCUGAUUGCGGUGGCCGGAGUUCUAGCACCGGUAAUGGUGCUGAUAAUGUGGAAUUAUUUUUGGGGUAAGAGAGGUUUGAUAGAAUUUGUGAAGAACUAUCCUGAUGCUGAGAUUAGAGGUGCCAUUGAUGGAAAGUACGUGAAGGUUACUGGGGUUGUCACUUGUGGCAGCAUUCCUCUGGAAUCAUCUUACCACAAAGAAACUAGGUGUGUGUAUGUUUCCACAGAGUUGUAUGAAUAUAAAGGAUGGGGAGGAAAGCCUGCUAAUCCUAGGCACCGCUGUUUCUCAUGGGGUUGUAGGUACUCAGAGAAAUAUGUUGCUGAUUUUUACAUAUCAGACUUUCAAUCUGGAUUAAGAGCCUUGGUGAAAGUUGGUUAUGGAGCUAAGGUUGCACCCUUUGUUAAACCAGCUACUGUUGUGGAUAUAACAAAAGAAAACAGAGAUUUGUCUCCAGGCUUUUUAAGCUGGCUAGCUGAUCGCAGUCUAUCUAGUGAUGAUCGUGUAAUGCGUCUCAAAGAAGGAUAUAUUAAAGAAGGAAGCACGGUAAGCGUGAUGGGGGUUGUCCAGCGCCAUGACAAUGUUCUAAUGAUAGUUCCAUCAGCAGAGCCUGUCUCAACAGGGUGCCAGUGGUCCCGUUGCCUCCUCCCGACCUACGUCGACGGUCUUAUAUUGAUGUGCGAUGAUAAUCAGAAUGCCGAUGUAAUUCCUGUAUAGAUGUUUGGUAGUUGAAUGCCACGAUGAGUAAAUAUUUGAAGGGUGAGACUGAUGUAACAAAGUGCAUACCAGUAGACCACAGCUACUUUUCUUUUUCCUCAAUUUAGGUGUGUAAAUUGGCCUAGAAGAUGCUAAGAAAGAAGAGGCUUAUAUUAAAGGUCACAUAGUUUCCAGUGAAUAUGCGUUGUAAGAGUUGUAGAGAUCCAUAUGGAUAUGGAGAAACGAGUUGGUCUCUGAAGAAGAAAGCUGUAUAAUGAGAAUGCUAAGCAUUGUGAUUUUUUUGCUAUUUUAUGUACAUAAACUCAUAGAGAUAUGCCCUAAAGUAAAGGGUUCGGAAUUAAGGGUUGCUUGGUUGUUUGCCCAAAA